AUGUCGACGAGCGAAUGCCUCGCGCGCGUGCGUCGCAUGCGGACGCUGUCAGCGCUGCUGGACGAAGAUCCGGACACAGACGACCAGAUCUCGGAGGAGUGUCGUGCGCUGUUCGAGCACGUGACGAAAGCCGCGUCCACAGACCUCACGCACAGCAGCAGCAGCAGCCAAAGCACUUUUUUGUGUGUCGAAUGCCAAGCCCACGAGUCGGAGCUCUUUUGCGAACAGUGUCACGACUAUUUCUGUGAAUUGUGCUGCAGUGGUCAGCACCGGAAGGGCAACCGACGGAAGCACACGUUCCAGCCUUGCAAUUUGACGUCAGAAGAUGCGGUAGUCGCCCAAGACGCGACGACAGACGUGGCAAUGGACGCGACACAAGACGCCGUGAAGGGCAGUAGUAACGAGAACGAGCUGAGCGGAGACACGAGCAGCAGUGGAGAGGAAGAAGAAGUCGUUGAGCGUGGCGGACAGGACACUGUCAAUCGCGGCUCUGCAUCCGGAGACGAUGUUACUGCUUCCACUUCUGCUGCUGACUGCUCGGAUGACGAGGAACCUGCUCCACGGCGUAAUAUGUGCGACUUGAUGGGUCAUUACUUGCUAGGGUACCCGUCAUCGCUGGACGCUGUCCAUCUCACGGACGGUCAUGCUACUGCUGCAAGUGACCAGGCAGCUGCUGAAAUGCUGGAACGAGCCAAGUACAUUCCCGUGCGACUCACCUAUGAAGAACGUAAGCUGCUGCGUGCACUGGAGGCAGCGUUGUGCGUAAGCUGCUACACGGACAAGCUGGACACGCCCACGUUCGUGGCGCCGGCCAAACGUGUGCGUGCGCAGCUGCAAGACGUGUGUGGCUUCCUGUCGGCGUUAGCCGUGGCGUCAGACUACAAGGCGGGCCAGGAGGUUUUGGACGAAAAAAACUUUGCUGAGAGCGCCGAGUUCUUUCAAGGCAUAUUUGAGCUGGGUAGACGGUACAAGAUCAUGAAUCCAGAGAAAAUGCGCGGGGAGUACGGCAAGCUGAUGUACCUGUUGCAGGACGCCGUGAGUCCAGAGCUGCAGGAGCUGCUGGGGUUCUCGUGUCUGCAGAAGAUACGCACUGUGUACGAUGUAUUGGAAGCUGGCGGUGCUCUAAAUAUGCUGCGUGAUUCCCGUAUUCAGCCUGCUACGAUGGUGGUUGCCCCCGAAGGCAAGUCGCGCUCUCAGAUCCAGCGUCAGAUCAAGCAAAAGGAGCAGGCCAUUCGGGCUUUGAGCGACAAAUAUGAGAGUCGACGCCUCACACGUGACACCCUUCAGCAGUGUCUGUACUCGAUUGCAGAUAAUAACUACCACCUGUACUUCGAGCGCGACCCGAUCGAUCGCAUGAUUAAGCUGUUGACGGCGCACUUCAGCCCAAGUGAUGAGCAGGAAGAUACUUCUUUGGCGAUCGUGAGUGGCAACGACGGUGCCCGGUUAUCCCAUUCACACGCUCGCCAGUACAACUAUGUGCUUCAGUCAUUGACGCUGUGGCGCGAGAUCACGCACGACAUGUUCCGCCUGUGGUGUCUGACGGACGAGGACUUGCUUGCCGAUGGUACGCGAUACGAGCUAGCGGACACUGGCCAGGGUCUACACCGCAUCCAGCCCGCGCCUCGUGUGUCCCGUGCCAUGCAUGUCAUUCUCCACUCUACACAGCGCAAUUUGGACUCGUGGGUGGGCUCGAGUGUCAUCCAUCUUGGCGACAAGAAUGUCCCGAAUGCGCUCAUGUUCAUCGACAAGUACACACAAGUCGGGCACAUUCUGCGUCCGAUCGUCAAGGCAAUCGAUAGUAUCGAUUCGAUACAGGCGAUCCAAGGGUACGUGGACACCACGUUUGGUGGUGCGAGCAAGCUGAAACGCACUAUUCUGGCAGACUUUUUCCGCGAAGCGUUCGACGGCAGUGGUGCCGACAACUUCUUUGAGGCUGGGUCAUGCAUUGAUGGACGACUUACGAGUGCCUGGAAUUGGUGUUCGAACCUUCAUCAAAAGCCUUUCUUCCCGAUAUUCAAGAUCACGGGCUUCGUUGGCUUUGACGGCAAGUUUGGCUAG